GUCCUUUUCCAUUCAUGUUUAAUGUUAUAUAUAUACCAUAGCUAAACCCUUAUUUUCUUCCAUGUUUAAAAAAAUAUUGAUCCUUCAUAAAAUAUAUUCCAAAUUAAAAUGGCAAGAGAAGGUCUUGGAUUUGAAAUAACCGAGCUAAGGUUGGGUUUGCCGGGCGGCGAGCCGCCAAGCGUAGUGAAGAAUGAGAAGAAGAGGAUGUUUUCCGAAAUCAACGGUGAAGGAGAUGAAAAUGAAUGUUCGGGUGAUCGGAAAAUCGAUAAGAAGAAUCAAGUAGUAGGGUGGCCUCCGGUGUGUUCGUAUCGAAAGAAGAAUACUAUGAAUGAAGGUUCAAAAAUGUACAUGAAGGUUAGUAUGGAUGGAGCUCCUUUCUUGCGUAAGAUUGAUCUUGGUAUGCAUAAGGGAUACUUGGAGUUAGCUUUGGCUUUAGAGAAGCUCUUUGAUUGUUGUGGAAUUGAGGCAUUGAAGGAUGGGGACAAUUGUGAACACGUUCCAAUUUAUGAAGACAAAGAUGGUGACUGGAUGCUGGUUGGAGAUGUCCCUUGGGAGAUGUUUGUUGAGUCAUGCAAGAGGCUGAGGAUUAUGAAGAGAUCAGAUGCUAAGGGCUUUGGUCUUCAACAAAAAAGGAUUCAUGUAGAAGCCAUGGCUAAGUGAAAUAUGUGUUAUAGGCUUUUAAUCAAUUAUUGUCAAUGCAAGUUCGAUGAAACAUCAAUUUGAGUUUAUGUUGUUCUUUUAUUAUAUUUGAGGAACCAUUCCUUUAUACUAUAGUUUGAUAUAUGAAUGAAACUAGGCUUCCAACAUUCUGUUUAAGUUGAUAUAUAUAUGAGUGCGAUGUAACCUAUUUAAUCAAAUGGGAAAUUUCAUCGUUUUAGAUUUAA